AUGGAGUCCAAUGCAGUCCAGCUGACAAGAAUGGAAUAUGCCAUGAAGUCCCUCAGCCUUCUCAACCCCAAGUCCCUCUCCAGGUAUGUGGCAGUGAGCACCUCGGUGGUGACCCAGCAGCUGCUGUCGGAGCCCAGCCAGGCACCCCGUGCACCCCUCCGGGCACGGCCCUGCAGAGUGAGCACCCAGGACCGGAGUGUGCGGAAGGGCAUCAUGGCGCACAGCCUGGAGGACCUCCUCCUCAAGGUUCGGGACACCCUGAUGCUGGCAGACAAGCCCUUCUUCCUGGUGCUGGAGGAAGACGGCACGGUGGUGGAGACAGAAGAGUAUUUCCAAGCCCUGGCAGACGACACAGUGUUCAUGGCCCUCCAGAAGGGGCAGAAAUGGCAGCCCCCACCAGACCAGGCCUCUAGGUACCAGCUCUCCCUCUCCCGUACGCCUGUCAAGAAGAUCGACGUGGCCCGUGUAACUUUUGACCUGUACAAGCUGAACCCACAGGACUUCAUUGGCUGCCUGAACAUAAAGGCAACUCUCUACGGCACAUACUCCCUUUCCUACAAUCUUCACUGCUAUGGGGCCAAGCGCGUCAUGAAGGAAGCUCUUCGCUGGGCCCUCUUCAGCAUGCAGGCCACAGGCCACAUGCUGCUCGGCACCUCCUGUUACAUGCAGCAGCUUCUGGAUGCCACAGAGGAAGGGCAGCCCCCUAAGGUCAAGGCCCCAUCCCUCAUCCCAACCUGUCUGAAGAUACUGCAAUGA